AUGAGUGCAAAUUUGCUUGGCAAGCUACCGCUCGAGUUGUUGUUGAAGAUCUACAGCUCGCUCGACCUCAAUGACCAGGUGCGCUUUAGUAGCGCAGCCCGCCACCUGCGCGAGAUCGCUAUCCACCAAGGGCACCUUUUUAGGGCCAUAUCCGUCGCCAUCCGGGACGAGGUCGCGUCGAUUUCGGCUCUCGUGGUGGCCAAACGUGACUGCGACUGUGGCCAGGCCUCGGCCGACGACGAGGGUCUGGAGGACGACGACUCUGAUGACCCAACGCUUCCGGACAUGGCCCUCACUCUGAUCCGGAUUAGUAGCCCCCAGGACGGAACGCGGUUCCCGGGCCUCGAGAAGCUGGUAAUCCAGUUCCCGGAUACCGUCGCGUUUGGGCCGCACCACGAAUCGCUCUACUUUGGUAGGAAUCGGCACAAGGAUGGUCUAGAACGUCUGUCGCGAGCGAACGACCACAUGGUCGACCUCGUCCUCGGAACCUUGGCCGACCCAGAACACCCCACGCCGCACGUCAAGGCCUUGUCGAUUCUCCAUCUGCCACCCGUUGUCAUCUCGGAGAUCGGAAGGUACGAGUUGAACCUCGUCCUCAGCCGUGUAGACAGCUUCAAACUCUCUAUCUUCGGCGAGGAGUGCAUCUUGUCCCAAGACAACUACCGCAACUUCUUCAAUCACUUCCCAUCGGGCAUCUUCGACCAGCUUUCCUCCGUCAAGAGCCUCAAGUUCCACGGCUCGCCCCACGCCCCUCUAGGCAUCCUGGACUCGAAUUAUGAAGGGCUGGAACAAACCCCGCCGCUGCCCGAUGCCCUUGCCCGCAGCGUCUUUCACAUGCCCUUCCUCGAGAAGCUAGAACUGUCCAAUGUCGCGAUAGGGCAACAACUCGAGAACCUUUUCUACAAUUACAGCAAGGACCCGCGCAAGAAGGCGCUUUCCCUCAGGCCCGCCAACGUUUGCGCCGAUGCGGCGUCCGCCUACACGUGGGCGCGCUUCUUCAGCCGUCUGGUCGAGCUGCGGGUCGUCAUCCAUCGGUUCGAAUUGGUUGCCAAGGGCGACUCGACCGAGGCGCUCAAGCGCGACGACUACACACAAUACAAAGUCGCCGAAUUUUUCACGAAUUUUUCACCGACGCCAACGCCCUCCUGGCGUCGAACCCCUCGUUCAAGGCGCCUCAUUGAGGGAGAGGACCAAGCGGCGUACGACGCAUUUAUGGCAACGGUGAAGGUAGCCGCCGCCGCAGCCGCCGCCGCCGCCGCCUCAUAG